AGCCCUGAACAAGGAUGGCUGAGCCCCGCCAGGACUUUGACACGAUGGAAGACCAUGCCGGGGACUACACCCCGCUCCAGGACCAGGAGGGGGACACAGAGCCCGGCCUGAAAGAGUCUCCCCCGCAGACUCCGGCUGAGGAUGGAUCCGAGGACCUGGGCUCUGAGACCUCUGAUGCUAAGAGCACUCCGACGGCCGAAGAAGUGACUGCACCCUUAGUGGAUGAGAGAGCCCCCGGCAAGCAGGCUGCCCAGCCCCGCCUGGAGAUCCCAGAAGGAACCACAGCUGAAGAAGCGGGCAUUGGAGACACCCCAACCCUGGAAGACCAAGCCGCUGGACACGUGACUCAAGAAGAGAUAAGCGCUCCAGGCCAGCAGAGGGAGGCGCCUGAGCGGGCCCUGGCCAAGGAGCUCAGCGCUCGAGUCCAGCCUGGACGUAGCGGAGAAGUGGCUGGGGUCCCCGAGCCGCCUCUGGGUGGAAAGCAGGCGGAAGCUGCUGCUCCGGAAGUUGCCUGUGCUCCUCUGCAGCCUCCCGUCUGCCCAGCGCCCCCGCUACCCCGAGGCCCUGAGAGCCCUGCGCAGGAACGGGGACCCGAGCAUGGGGACCAAGCCAAGGAGGCGCGAGACGUUUCAGAGCCCUCCUUCCCUGGACAUCUCCACAGGGAGCCGGAGAGGGGCGAGGGUGUCCAGGAGAGCCCUCUGAGGCCGCCAGGCCGCCAUGGAGGCGAGGCCUCGGACCUGGGCACCCCGGGUCUCACCCUCCCACACGCGCCCCGCGUGCCCAGGGCUCCCUGCCUGCCUGAGGGCCCCACAGGAGACACACAUCAGCCUUUGGGGAGAGCACCUGAGCACCAAGGUUCCGAGCUGCGGCCGCGCCAGCCUGUGGGAAACCAGGACCAGGAGGGGCCCCCUCUGCAGGGGGCCCAGGGCAAGGAAAGGCUGGGGGGUGAGAAGGAGGUGGACGAAGACCGCGACAUUGAUGAGUCGUCGCCCCAGGACUCGCCUCCCUCCCAGGUCUCCCCGGCCCCCAGCGGGCCGCCCCCUCGUGCUGUCUCCAGAGAACCCGCUGGCGUGCCUGGGUUCCCGGCCGAGGGUGCCAUCCCGCUCCCUGUUGAUCUCCUCUCCAAAGUUCCCACAGAGAGCCUGGCCUCACCGCCAGACGGGCCUCGCACAGGGCCCGCGGUGGACGGGCCUGAGCCCGGUCCCGAGUUCACCUUCCACGUGGAAAUAAAGGCCAACGUGCCGAAGGAGCAGGCACGCCCGGAGCUGGAUUUGGAAGGGGCUGCGCUCCCAGCGGCCGCCAGAGAAGAGCAAGAGGCCCUGGGCCCCUCUGUGGGAGAGCCCGCAAAGGAGGCUGCCCUUCCCGAGCCAUCGGAGAAGCGGCCUGCAGCUGGUCUGCCCGGGAGGCCUGUCAGCCGGGUCCCUCAACUCAAAGCUCGCAUGGUCAGUAAAGGCAAAGAUGGGACUGGAAGUGACGACAAAAAAGCCAAGGGGGCGGAUGGCAAAACUGGAGCAAAGACGGCUACACCCCGGGGAGCGGCCCCUUCCGGUCAGAAAGGUGCUGCCAACGCCACCAGGAUUCCAGCCAAAACCACGCCCAGCCCAAAGACACCGCCCGGCGCUGCUUUGAAGCAAGUGCAGAGAAAACCACCCCCUGCGGGGGCAAAACCGGAGAGAGGUGAAUCAGCAAAAUCUGGGGAUCGCAGCGGCUACAGCAGUCCUGGCUCCCCGGGAACCCCUGGCAGCCGCUCCCGCACCCCAUCUCUGCCAACCCCACCCACCCGGGAGCCCAAGAAGGUGGCAGUGGUCCGCACGCCACCCAAGUCACCGUCCUCCACCAAGAGCCGCCUGCAGACGGCCCCUGUGCCCAUGCCCGACCUGAAGAACGUCAGGUCCAAGAUCGGCUCCACUGAGAACCUGAAGCACCAGCCAGGAGGCGGGAAGGUGCAGAUAAUUAAUAAGAAGCUGGAUCUUAGCAACGUCCAGUCCAAGUGUGGCUCAAAGGAUAAUAUCAAACACGUCCCGGGCGGCGGCAGUGUGAGUACCGUCACGCUUUCCACGCACCGUUCUGCGGUCUCCGUCGUGGGAAGUGGCGUGCAAAUAGUCUACAAACCAGUGGACCUGAGCAAGGUGACUUCCAAGUGCGGCUCCCUGGGCAACAUCCACCACAAACCAGGAGGUGGCCAGGUGGAAGUGAAGUCUGAGAAGCUGGACUUCAAGGACAGAGUCCAGUCGAAGAUCGGGUCCCUGGACAACAUCACCCACGUCCCUGGCGGAGGCCAUAAGAAGAUCGAAACCCACAAGCUGACCUUCCGCGAGAACGCCAAAGCCAAGACGGACCACGGGGCGGAGAUCGUGUACAAGUCCCCGGUGGUGUCCGGGGACACGUCUCCCCGGCACCUCAGCAACGUCUCCUCCACCGGCAGCAUCAACAUGGUGGACUCGAUGCAGCUCGCCACGCUAGCUGACGAGGUGUCUGCUUCCCUGGCCAAGCAGGGUUUGUGAUCAGGCCCCCGGGGAGGUCCGUCAUCGUGGAGAGAAAAGAGCGAGAGAGUGUGGGAGAAAAGAACACUGACCCGGCCCUUCGCCCUCUGCCCUCCCCGCUGCUCCCCACACGGGUCGGUGGGGUCCACCACCUAACCCGCUUUCGCCGCUCGGCUCUGGCUCGGGACUUCAAAAUCCGUGAUGGGAGUAAGAGCAAAUUUCAUCCUUCCAAAUUGACCAGGGGGCUAAUAAUAUUUUAAAAAUGUGUAAAAACAUGGCCACCCCCACCAUUUCCUGGGCAUUUCCUUUCGGUUCUUUAUUUCCUCCCCCCCAAGUAGAAGAGGGAAGGAGAGGUCUGGAAAGCUGUUUGGGGGUUUCAAGGGACUGGGGUGCUCGUGCCUCUGGCCGCCUCCUGGGGUGUCGCAGGGACAGCAGCGCAGAGGGCCUGAGCCUGGGUGUGUGUGUGCAGCCACGGGCGCGAGGCUGGGCGCGGGAGGGACGGACGGCGGGAGGAGCGCGGGGCGGCGGGGCCUCAGUGACCGCCACAACCCCGCCUUGCGGCUUCUGGGAUCUGCGGGGCCGCGUGCCCCUUUGGAGGCUGUCCCGCGGCCGACGGGGCAGGCGGUGGCGCGGUAUUACUCCUUCCGCCCAGAGCUGCGGCCUUCCUCUCCCGCCGCGCAAGGCGGCUCUCCCGCAGCCCCGCCCCUGCCACGCUGAGCUCCGAGGCCUGCAACUGCCUGGCCGUGGGGCCGAGCAGUUCUCUUCGUAAGCACUGGUGCCUCCUGCUCGGGCUGCGCCUGGGGCUACAGGGUCGGGGCGUGCCUGGGAGGUGCGUCCUGAGCCUCCCACGCCCUCCACGGCCAUGCAGGCCCCUGCCCGCCCCUGUGCCCAGGUCUGUGUGACACAUCAGUCACUGUCCCUCCCUCAUUACGUCACACUGGCCGAGUGCCCCACCUACCCCAGUCACGGACACUGGCUCCAUGCGAGGGCACCUGCCGUGCAGUAGGGUCCAGGCACAGGGCUGGGCUCAGGCGCUAGCUUAAAUCCCACUCAUCUGACCGACGUGCCUGUCACAGAAACCAGUGACCUCGCCGGGCCCUCUCCUCGCCCUCCCGUCACGCGCGAGCCAGCGUGCGCUAUUCAGGACUGCCCUUAGACUUCUUUGCCUUGUUCACUGGAGACCGUCUUCUCCCCCCGGCCUGGCCCCAGGCUUCCUGCCUUGAGCUGGCGGCAGAGGACGUCCUGCUCGUCACCGAUGGCGCCAGGACGGGCAGACAAGAUUCCGAGUAGGGUCGGACCCCCUCGGCCUCCCACUCCCACCCCAGCUCGUGACCGCCCGCCCCAGAGCCCCACGCCGUUCACCUCCACACGCAUGGACCCAGCCUUCUGUACCCCAAAUGACGGACAUGCCCCUUGGAAAACGGUUCUUACCCGAGUCCCAGCCGGGAGCGACGCAGCCUGACCUGUGCGAGCAGCCCUCCCCUCCCCAUCCGCUCCCCGUUGCAUUGUGGUUGGACUUGUCUUUUUAUGUUUGGGUUCACAAGAGUGACUAUGAUAGUGAAAAGAAAAAAAAAGGACGCAUGUAUCUUGAAAUGCUUGUAGAGGUUUCUAGCGCACCCCCGCGCCGUGUAGGAACUCGGCCUCAGGCUAGCGUGGUUCCGCCUCCUGUGCCGCCCAAGUUUUGAGUUUCAUCAGCAUCUGGGACCUGAGAGACCCGAUUCUGGCUGAGGACGCCCGACUACGAAGGCCCGAGGCCCAGGACUAGGACGGAGGCGUGGGCCGCCCUCUCCCCAGGCCUGGCGUGCAGCGUGCAGCCGGUCUUCUCCGGCCACAGCCUCAAGUCCCUCAGCAGCCCCAGGAGGUCUUACGAGCUACUGUACCACAAGCAGCAGCCCGGGGCCAGCUGGGGAGGACAGCUGCAGGCCAGGAGGCGCCCCCGGCCUGGGGCCGGUCUGCUCUGCCGGCCUCGGGUGGACUGCCUGACCGGGACGACUCCAGCGGGCCGGGCUGCCUGCCGGAGGGAGGGGCCCGCCGGAAGACACUGCUGGUUCCCAAAGCCUCCUCGGCUCGCUGGUCUUGCACAGACUCUGCCGCGGGGGUGGGGGCGCAGGCUUGGCAGAAACUUGGCAGCCCCGGGCUGGGGCCGCCUUUUCUGGCUUAGGUCUGAUGAAAGGCAAACCCGAGGGCUGGCCGGGCAGACCCCUCACCCUGAGGCUCCCUGCUGCCCGCGUCCACACUGUCCUCGAGAGCGCUCUGAGACAAGUGUGGCUGAGACGUGCGGCCCGCGUGACGGCCGGGUCUGGGCUGUUCCUUCUCGUACCUCCUCCCUUCCCCUGCAGUUCACGCAGCCUGCCCUGCAGCACCAUCUGUGAGUAGGUGGGCUCCUGGGGACAGGCUGGAGAUCAGGGCUUUAGGGUGACCAGGCCCAUGCUGACAGGUGGACUGCCGGGCGGCGAUUAUGCGGACAAUCCCCCCAGGGCUGGGCACUCUUCCCCCGCUCCCUUUCCCCCACCUUCAGAGGCCAAGGUCCCGGGGUGGGCUAGACAGGAUAUAUACUGUAUGCCCGGGUCCCUCAAGCUGUGGGUUCACUUUAUCAGUACUUCCAUUUGAGCUCACCUCAGUGGUGAGACUGUACCGUUCGCGAUUGCUUGCUGUGCGGUGGGGGGAGGGAGGAACACGUAAGCUACUUCACAUGGGCAAAGGGCAGUCUUGGAGUGCUUCAGUUAAGCCGCCUUGUAACCCUGUCACGAUUUCACCCACACUUCGGAGGUGCCACGGGGCUCGAGGCCUGGGGCUUCGACGCUGCGCCCAGGCUCUCCCUGCUGCGGGGCAGCCAGUUCACCCCACCCGCUUCCCCGCCAGGUACAGGCUGUCAGGCCUAGGUGGGAACCUGAGAUCCCGCUGCUUGGCUCGCUGAGCUUUUGCGGUCCCUGAGGCCCUGGCGUCCUUCCCUGAGCCGCUGGCACUGCAGGGUCACCUCUCCCACCGGCUCCCCACGCAGUCCACGCUUGCAGCAGCUGCUGAGAUCUCUUACUUACCUUGUCUUUGUUCCCCAAAUAAACCAAGCAGCGGGGACAAGGGCAGAGGCGGCCGGCAGCACGGGUCUGUGGCUUCACGAGCCUCCUCCCACUGUCUCGGGCUUUGGAAAGGGUUACCCUGGGCCCCCGCCCGGAGUCUCCUCACAGACCGAGCCUGUGCAUCUGCUGUUCUGGGCAGGUCCGUUUCCAGCACUUGCAAGUCCCAUGAUUUCUUUGGUACUUCUGAGGGUGGGGGGAGGGACACAGAAUCAGCGUAGCUUAGCUUCCUGUUUGUGAAUGUCCAUAUAGUGUACUGUGUGUUUUAACAAAUGAUUUACACUGUUGCUGUAAAAGUGAAUUUGGAAAUAAAGUUAUUACUCUGAUUAAA